UGCAUUGCUGACUUGUUACUAAAGUAUUUUAAUAGCUGAGUGUGUGUCUUCUAUUCUUCCAGGGUUUUUGCUCUUUUUAUUAGCUAUUACAUUAUUGAGACUAGGGCCAGGCAGAAUUUGGGCAGAAAAAUCAAGCCAAUAGAACAAAAUUUAUUUGGGAAUCUUAUACAGAAUUUGAACAUUAAGGAUAUGUCUAGUAGACUUUUCAUAGUGCAAUAUGAAGACAUUCCCAUAACACAGCUUCCUAAAAGGCUGCAGUCCCAUGAGCACGCAGAGGGCAAGCAGUUUGUAUGGGGACACAGCUUGCCAAGACCAGUUCUGUGCCUUUCAAAGUAAAGGAGAACAGCUAAUGAUUCUGUACCAUAACCCUCCUCCUUUUGCCAUUCACACUCGAGAAAGAGGCUGUUGGUACAACAGAGGUUCGUUGGAGCGGUACAACAACAGUGACAGUAUUGUUUCAUUUAGUAGUGAGGCAAAUGUCAUCACAUUGCCAAUGAACUUGGAUUCAGACCUUUGUAGUUGUAAUUUUUCACACCAAAUGUCUGCCAUAGGUUCUGAAUUCUUUUCCUUUCUAGUUUGUAUAACAACCACAAAUACAGGAUGUUGCAAAAAGAUUCCUGUGUUGUGAUUUAUCAUUCACAUGUGAGAUUUCAGUCACCUGUGCAGGGAACAUAACCUCUUCAGCAGUGAUAGAAACUAAGAAAGUUUCUGCAUACAAACUGUGAUGAGCAUUAAUGUAUUAUCAAUUAUUUUGAAUGCUCAAGAUGGAAGUUUUUCUGAAUCUUUCUCUUUACCUUUGUUGUUUAUCCUUCAGCAUAAGCAGUGGGGCUUGUGCAUCAUUAUAAAUUUCUUAUCCUGCUAUUAAUCUCUGUUUGUUUCAGUUGGGUUUGUCCCCUUUUCUACUUUCAUAUACUUGCAUACUGGUGCUCAUUUAUGCGCUUCAGCUUUGAGAUAAAUUCCACAUUUUUUUGCAGCUUUGGGGACAGCUACCAAAAGAUGUCCUUUAUAGACAACAGUGGCCUCUGAAAAUACUGCUUACAAUAUUAGCUGGUUUUGGAUAGUUGCUAGAAUAGGUCUUGUCUGAUUUUCUGGAAUGUGUCACAACAGAGAACUAGCUCCUCUCUUCUCCAUUCCAACAAAACUGUUGAAUAGAAGUAGCAUCAAAUUCUGUAACUACAGCCUGAGGUAUUCCUAAACUAUAGGCCUCUUAUUAUUACAGGGAUCCAGGGGUUCCUGAAGGCAAGUCAAGAGUAUGAGGCAACUUAGGUGCUCCAUAUUAGAGCUCUGUCUCUGUAUUUGGAGAUGCCUCCCUCCCCAUUUUCUGUGGAGCAGGCUUGUCUCUUAAGGCAUCCUGCAGCUAAAGCUGGUGUUUGUGUAAACCCUGUAACCCUUGUUGAGCACAGGUGAUUCUUCAGAACAUUUACAUUCAGAGGAAGAAGGUGGAAGAAGCCUUAUUUGUAACACAGGAAAUUUUUGCAAUCAUCUGGUUCUAGCAUUCUAGGAUAAGUAAAAAAAAAAAAAAAAGCCUCUGCCAACACUUUUAAACAGACAUCUUGUUUCUGAAUUCAACUGUAUUCAGAAGUGGCAAUACCUUGUAAGAAGACAUCUUGUUCCUGACUACCUAGAAGGACUUCAGCAGUCCUGAACGUAUUUUGGAGUUUACCACAAUUACUGGUAUCAUUUUCCUAUUUCUUUGGAGUUUUUUAGCUUGUAUCACUCCCUAUUGCUAGAGAAUUGUGCUAAACUUCUUUGGCCUAAUGUCAAUUAAAACAAAUAAGCAAUACAAGUCAGAAUCCAGCUUUGCUCUCCUUCACUUGGCUUAGACCAUCUAUGUCUUUAGCUCUAGUGCAGCCUGUAACCACGAGAAACUAAAGAUGGCAAUGUCUCCUUGGCAGUAUUGACCUUAAAACCACAGGUUAGAGGCCCUUGUUCAAGAGGGAAGAUGAGGGAAAGAGAUUGAGUAUUGCUUGUAGCAGCCUAGCUCUGUUUUAGCAGACUGCAUUGUAUCAGUCUGUACUGCUUACUUCGGUACAGAAGACUCUGUGACAAAGGUUUGUCUAACUAUAAAAUAAAGCUAUUUGCCUCAAGAAAACUCAAACCAGAAGGUAAGUAAAUUAACCUUCCUCUUCUGCCACAUUAAUUUAGCCUUUUGAAGUUAUUUUCCUAUUCUAGAGUAAUACUUAAAGUCUAAAGCAGUUCAGAUAACUUAGAGAUGUACAUCUAAUUAUUCUGGAUAAUUCUAACAAUGAGAUCAAAAUAUAUUUUCACUUAAUUUUAAUUUUGAGGAUUAAUAGUAACAAAAAUGCAUUUUCAGUAUUUACUGAAGCAAUGGAUAUCUACUGAUGCUGUGUACGUAUGACUCACCAGUCUCUCAUUCUUACAAAAGGACAUUUCUUUUACCAGAAGGAUACUUCAAUCAAUAUUAUGUAACGGUACUCAAAAUACACUGCUGUGUAGUGUGCUGCCACUAUUUAAAAAGUGUUGUUGACUGCCUACAUUCAAUUCUAAUUGAAUGUACCUUUCACAAAUGUUGAUGUCAGUUUGAACUAAUAGGGUUAUUUUGGAAAAAAAAAAAUGCAUUCUGUAGCUGCUUAUGCCUAAUAAAAGUAUGCUAUGUAUUAAAGAUGUUUCUUAAACAUUUACUGAGAAGUACUAAGAAAAAGUAGGAGUGUUAACAUUAGGAUAAUUAGAAAUCAUGUCAGUUGUUACAGUUUAAAAGAAACACUUCAUGACCUCUGAAGUAUACUUCUGGAAAUGCUAUUCACAAAAUAAUAGUAAUGGUUCAAGGAAAAUUAAUAUUAAUUGUAUGAUUUAAUAACCUGUGACAGGCUCACUAACAGAGCACCAUAAGUAACAUAACUUUAGCAGAUCAAAUGCAGGUUGCCUUCAUAAUGUAAUGAUUCAAAUCUGUCUUAAUGUUUGACAUUUAAGCCCCAAGCCAAAACCUGAUACAGUUUCAUUUUUCAAAUGUCUGUCCUGCUGUUCUGAUUCAUGUAGUAAUGAUUUCAGACACCUGUGCUCACUGAAAUGACACCCUAUAAUCCAGAUGAUGGCACAGACAUUUUUCUUUUCAUCUACUCAUAUCCUAAUUCUCUGCCAUGCUUAUUUAUUUAUUUAAAUUACCUUUUUUUUUUAUUUUUGAAGUUGGCUUCCCAAGCCCUGUCCCCACUUUCCAGACACCUUUCCUCCUCUUGGUCAUGCACUGAUCAAAAGAUUCUCCAGGCUGCCACCAGUGACUGGUCUUCAAAGACUGUUGGUUUUUCACCUUCAAGUGUGUGCAUUUUACUGCCUCCACUAUUUCCAGACAGUUUUCUUUGUGACUUAGAAGAACUCAGUUCCUUGGCAUUAACAACAUCCCAAUCUGUAGCAAACUCCCCAGGUAAUAGCACUCACCAAGUUGAGGAUGAUCACUUUAUUCCAAAUACAGAGGUCUCUCUCAGGUCUCCUGCAGCUCUUCCUCUGUCCUUUCUUGUAUCUACGUCUGUCUCAUCUUCAACUAGCUCUUCUCAUGAAAUAGCAUAUAAGCAUACCAGCAACAAUACCAAACCAGGAAAAGAGAAAGACUUGAGAGGUAUACUUCACUCUUCAGUUAGUGAAGUACCUAGAGACUUGUCAGAUACUACAACAGAAGGUGAACAUGGUGCUAUCUGUAACAUCCCUUCACCACAUGAAGGUGGCUCUGUCUCCAGAGUGCUAGCUGCAGCUGCUGAAAAUGAAGAGGAAAUCUGUGCUCCAGAUCUGUCAGUUAAUAUAGGGGAUCAGUCAAAGCCUCAAGAAUCAGAUUUCUUCAGAGGAGCACAAGAUGCAACAGAGGAACUGACAAGACUCUAUAUAGAGGAGGAUCCGGGACAUGACAAUUUAGAAUUCCCAAUAGCAAGUGGAGGAGACUCCAUGGUGUGUUAUGAAGGAUAUACUUCAACUAAUAUUGAUAAGGUAUUUUAAUUUCUUAAAAUCCUGGCUUCUGUGUUCAGAUAGCAUACUCAAUAUAACUAUUCUCUGCCUUUUCUUGUAUUUACGUGUUUGAAUUGUGCACAGGCACAGUUUUACAUUACUUCAUUCGAUAAAAAUUGUCUGUGUUAGGGGAUAGUCCCUUCUCAGAAGCAGGCGUAUACACCAUUUUAAGUUUUUUGGUGUAUCAAUUCUGCUGGUCCUUUCCCUUCUGUCCAUGUUAGCUGCCAUAAAGUUUCUGAUGCGAGAAGCCAGUGAACCAUUUUCCUCGCUGGGCCCGUUACAUGCCACCACUUUUGAGCCGGAGGCCCCAGCAAGCAAAUGCUAUCGACAGCCUUCAGAGGGAGGGACAUGCCUCCUGCAGAGACUCAGUGGUUUGUACUUCACAUGUGUCACUUCAUCAGAUGAUAUAUUUAUAGUAGGCUCUGUUAUGAGAAUGUGACUAAUAACAGAUCAGAUUAUGUCUGGCAGUUAAACAAAUGCUUCCCCCUAAAGCCCUCCCCAGUUCUUUUUUGGGACAGUACAACACUGGACUAUCCCAAAGGUGUGCUAGCCAUUAAAUGCCACAAUAUUGCUACACAGUUUGUGUGGUUUCUAGGCAAAGUUUUAGAACAGAUUUUUUCUGUCCAGUACUUAUUUCAGCAGACUGUUCAAGCAGUUGGUUUGGCUGGCACACGCAAACGUGCAAAUCAGAUACCUCGGACAAUAUGUUAUAGGCCAAAUGUAAAAUUAGUUAAUUAGAAAGAUUUUGCAAGCUGCCUCUACUCUUACUUGACCUGAAAAACACAGGGGAAAACUUGUUUUGAUUUCUGAAGGAAGAAUUUUCUUCCAGAAAAAUAGACUAAUAAUAAAAUUAGCAUCACAUUUCUGACGGUUCAGAUUAGUUACAUGACUCCUUACUGAGCAUUUUAUGCCCUUUACAGCUGGUUUUAUAGCACAAUUACUUUUCAUUUUUCUUAAACAUUUAAGCCAGCUCUGCUUUCCGUGGGAACAUCAGGAGACUCUGAUCCUCCUUUGCACCUUUCUUCUAAUCUUCCAUUUAACUCUGCCAAGGCACCAACUUCUCACUCUGUUCCUACAACAUCCCUGUCUACUGCUUCCCUCUCACCUCCUCUCCUUUCUAAACGUUUACAUCAGCAGGAUAAAGACCCACCCAAGUUAAAGGUAACUGCAUCUCUUGAGUAUGGAUUGUUGCCAAUCUUUAUGUAUAUUAAAUAACUGCAAGGCUAACACUGAGUUUGCUCUUUUCAGAUGUAUUGUUUCCUUUACUAAUAUUAAGUAACAUAGCACAUGGAGUAUUAAUAUAGGCCUUCUUCAAAUGAAAUACAAGGUAAAACUAUAGCCGUUAUGAUACAAUGAAAUAGCUUAAGGGGGAACCAGUGACAGGAAAGCAGAAAGCCUUCAACUCAAUUUCAAGUCCAUACAAGGACAUUAGUAACUCUUCUUUAAUUGAAAAAAACAAAACAAAACAAAAAAACCCAAAAUCUUAUUCAAGUAUGCAGAAACUAAGUAACAUCUGUAGUUUAAAAGCAUUUUCAAUUUCAAUCCAAAGCCUGGGAGAACAGUCAUAGAUUUCACAGUAAUGCACCACUGCAGAGGGUCAUGUUCUAAAUACCAAUUCUACUAGUCAAGGACUGAACAAAGAUUAUUCCCUCUUCAGGACUACGGUUUGUCUCAGCAUUGCAGCACUGUGGCAGAAAAGUGAAAUCUGGAAAGUUGCUUUGGACAAAGUCAAUUUCCAGUGCUGACUUCCAGAGAGUCCAUUUUCUCAUGAAAAGGAGAAAAAAGUCAUGUAAAAAGUUUGGCAAACUAUCCUGGAAAAAGUGAUCAUUACAUCUAUGGAAAAAAAAAAAAUCUUUAAAAAAAAAAUCUACCACAUCUUACAAUGUGUGUUCACAGAAAACCCAGACAUAAUGGACUUAAAGAAGUCUUAAGGCCCAUCAGAUCUGUUGGGUUUUUUUUCCCAAAGUAGGGAAGAAACAUAAGGGUUCUUUACAGGGCAUGAAUCUGUCAUGGACUUAGGUAUGUCUCACCUCAAAGAGAGGGGCAAAA